UUUUAUUUUAUAAACAUUUGGACGCACGUGUGUUUAUUUCAAUCCUCAAUUCAGCGGUGUUUCUAUAAUUCUUCAGCGAUUCUGACGCGCACUGCAAGAAUUCGGCCUUAUUGACUUUGGCAGAAUGGCCGACGUGGCCGAGGUUUUGUUCUCGAGCGAUGCCACCGGCGGAAUCACAGCGUGGGACCCACGAGCAGGCACCGCGUUGCAGUCUUACAAAGGUGCCGUGGUCGCUGCCAGGACGUUGUGUCUGCUGGGCCAAGACUACGUGCUAGGGGCUGAGGCAGGAAAAUCCCUCCUGAGGGCAUGGCCUCUUAACAGAAACGAUCAGGGUCAGUUAAAAAUGGUAAGCCCUGGAGGACCUGUGAGUGCCCUCGCCUGCAGUCCCUGUGGCAACUUCAUAGCCGGAGGAGUGCAUUCUGAUGUGGUCAUUUGGCAAACCGGCACUGGUCUGCAAGUGGCCAGUCUGCGAGGACACUUCCAGAAAGUGUCAUGCCUGGCCUUUACUGAUGAUUCGUCGCUUUUGGCCUCCUCGGCUGAGGAUGGUCACGUCAGAGUUCAUCGACUUGCUGCUGCAGUUAGCGGGAAAACGUCAGAGCUGUGGACGUUUCAGGAUCACGGAGGGGCCAUUCGUGACAUGGUCAUCGGUCGAGGUGGACUGAACAGCCUUUUGGCCUCCGUGGCCGCUGACCGCACCUGCCGCGUAUACAGUUUGGCCUCUGGCCGCCUCCUAUUGAGUUUAACCGCAGACUGCAGCGUCACGGCGGCCGCCAUCUCCAUCGACUGCAUUUAUCUUGGCCUCUCCUCUGGUCAAAUCCGUGGCCACCGACUGGCCGCCGGCCUCUCCACACCCCGUCUAACUCUCAACGGACAUGAGUCUGCUGUUAUAUGUUUGACCAUUUCAUUUGAUGGCCGCUUAUUGGCCUCCGGAGGCCAAGAUGGCCACCUGUACAUUUGGGAUGCACCCAGCGGCCAAAUGCUGCGAAACUUGGCCCACCGAGGUCCUGUUGUGGCCGCUGUGCUUACCCUGGCACCCAGGAACUUGUUGGCCGCUGACAUGCGGCCAACAGUAGUGCUCCAGCCUUUCAGGCGGCCUCUGGCCGAUGACGAAGAGGUUGUUGUAAAAGUGCUUGUGACAGAAAAAGAGGAUGAGCCUGAAGUGGAGCUCGAACCACUCGAAGCUAACGGGCGAGGGGUGCCCGAGGGAAGCGCUGCCAAAAUCAACAAGCAGUUGGUAGAGUUUUGCGUAAAAAACAUUUUACAACCAAAAAACUAGAUUUAAAAGUAAAUAAAGAUAUAAUAAUAAUUUUCAUCGAGAAACUAUAAAUAUUUUUGUUCAUUUACCGGUCACAGAGAGGGUUAUUGUAGAAAAUCUAGCUUUAAAUCAUGUUUAUUAAUGUAUCACCCAGCAUUUUCUUUAUUUAUACAAAUUGAUAAAAAAUUUC